AUGUGCCGGGGUUUAGCUGCACUUUCCACCUGCUUGGAAAGAGCCAAACAACUCAAGACUCGUUUAGGGAUCCUGCUUCAUAAACCAGAGUUGGGACAUGAGGCUGAGAGUUUCAGCACGUCUGAGCAGGGCACCAAACUGAGAAACUCCUCAGAGGAAGCACUAGAAUGGAAGAAGUCCUUUGAUCACCUGCUGAAGAGUAAAAAUGGGGUGGCUACAUUCCAUGCCUUCCUGAAGACAGAGUUCAGUGAGGAGAACCUUGAGUUUUGGUUGGCUUGUGAGGAGUUCAAAAAGUCCCGGUCAAAAACUAAACUGUCAUCCAAGGCCCACAGGAUCUUUAAGGAGUUUGUUCAAAAUGAAGCACCUAAAGAGGUGAAUAUUGACCAUGAAACCAGAGAAAUAACCCGGAAGAACCUGACAGCUGCUACUUCUUCUUGUUUCGAUGCUGCACAGACAAAAACCCGCACUUUGAUGGAGAAGGAUUCCUAUCCCAGGUUCCUGAAAUCUACCUCCUACCAGGACUUGACAGAGCAAAUCACCAGCCAUAGCACCAGCAAGCGGUUGCAUACCUGA